AUGUAUGGUGAUAUUGCGAAUAAACUGAUUCAGGACGCCAAGCUGACUCAGAUGCUUGAAACUCUUCCUCUGUAUCAGGAAGAACUGGUUCGAAGUAUAGUGAGAGAGGUGCGGGACCUGCAUCGCGAUACUGAAGCGGUGCUGGCACGGUAUGGAGGUGAACUUCCGACUCAAGACAGAAAAGUUGCUUGUUGGAUCUUUGUACAGCAUCUGUGUAUGAGGAGAAACAAGCGUUGUUUGCUGGCGUACCAACGUCUACGAUCUACUCGUUUGGAUGCAAUGGCAUGGAACGAUGUAGACACCAUGGACCAAGAGGUGCUCAACAACCUCAACCCGAAUGAACAAGAUUAUUUACGAGAUUAUUCCGAGUUAUUGGUAGAUUACAAAGGCGAGUGGGUGGAUGUUGACUUGACAGGAUCACUAGAGCCACCACGGGAUCUCUUCAUCGACGUCCGAGUCCUGAAAGAUGCUGGUGAGAUCCAGACCGAAUAUGGGUAA